AGCCAGAGCCAGGUGUUCUCUUGGUGUCCACAACGGAGGAAUGAAUCCCCUGCCAGCACUGUUGCUGUCCUUGGUCGUUGUUGCAGUCGUCGCUGACGACAGCCUCACUGAGGUGAAGAUCGAUGGUCCAGGAUGUGGGCACAGAAAUCCGCCCUACACUGAGCCCAUGAUCAGCACUUACAUCGUCAACGGAGAGCCUGCACCGCCAUAUGUGUACCCGUAUAUAUGCCUCCUGUACCAUGGCAACAUGCAGGUGUGUGGAGGGGCGCUCAUCACCAACAGCACAGGACACUACUGGUUCCUCACCGCCGGCCACUGCUUGGAGACCGGCCUAGACGCCGUCUACACUAUAAGAUGUGGGAUUUACAACACUCGAGGGCCGAGUCAGCCAUUCGAGUUUAAUCCCCAGCACCUGAGGCCGUUUGUUCACGAGGACUACGAUACAAAGACCAAACACAAUGACAUCGCCCUCUUCCCCCUGCGACAGACGGGCUUCCCCCAGGGUGACAGUGGCGGCCCACUCGUGGCUGAGAGACACGGAGAGCUGCAGUUGAUAGAGAUACAGACUGUCAUGCUCCGCUGUCUUCUGCUUCUGCCAUGCUUCCUUCCGCUGGUCAACAGUUUGCUGUUCAGUUGUGUUGGCCAAGUGUCCGUGCCAUGCGGCUCGCCUCAAGUACUACAGCGAUCCCAUCGAAUCGUAGGAGGUGAACAGUCCACCCUGGGUACGAUGCCCUGGAUGGUAGUGAUAGCUGACCGGGGAUUCUACCUGUGCGGGGGCUCCAUCAUCAGCUCACGACUGAUCCUCACUGCAGCCCACUGCUUUGACACGGAAGAAUCGCAGAAUCCCAGGAACCUGCAGGUGUACGCCGCCAAGCUCAGCCUCACCAAGGCCAACAAGGAGGAGCAGCUGCUGACAGUGCAGACACUCAUUUUGCACAAAGACUUCAACAACAUCACCGGCGCCAACGACAUCGCCCUGCUGGUGCUGGACAAGGAUCUUGUCUUCACUUCCAUCGUCGCACCCAUCUGUCUUCCCUCGUCAGGCUCAGGCUUGCUGCUGGCAUGGCGGCCAUCGUGGCGGGCUGGGGCCUCACCCUGGGUACCGGCACUGAAUACGUCCUCAAUCAGGUUCUCGUCCCCAUCGUCAGUGACGACACGUGCUCGCUCCCUGACUGGCAGGGCAGCAAGUUUCUGCCGGAAGUCACCUUCUGCGCAGGCUACGAGGAGGGCGGAAGAGACGCGUGCUCGGGGGACAGUGGGUCACCACUCAUUCGAAAUUCCAACAAUAAAUGGUUUGCUGUUGGUAUCGUCAGUAACGGCGACGACUGCGCCCUCCCACGCAAGCCUGGUAUCUACACCAACGUUUCUUACUACAUGAAGUGGAUCGAAGAUACUUUGCUCUUGAACAACCUGCCUUUUCCGUGCAACUUUCGAUGAGCUCAUUGUUAUAAUUUAUUGUAUAAAUCCUUUGUGUUGUACUGAGCAUGGGCUCCACACGCUGAGCAACCCGUGCAAACACUCACACUCACACUCACACUCACACUCACACUCACACUCACACUCACACUCACACUCACACACAUGAAGCAGUAAACACAGAUGGCUCUCUGUUUUACAAUUGGUUUAUAAUAGAAGUUUUAGUUUUCUGACGUGGCAAUAAAAGAAAAGUUUAUCAAGAAA